AUGGGUGACAAGAUAGAUGACACGGCAGACGACUAUGUCGGUUAUGCCAACGACCCCAAGGGCAUUCCAACAAUACGACUUGGCCCUCAAGAUCCCGUCAUCCCCAUCGAGCUGCCGGUCCGCGAUAAUGUGCACGAAGUUGUCAUGAGGUAUAGGAGCCGGACAAUCCCAUGCCGCACGAUCAAGCAGACUCUGGUCGAUAGCCAAACCCCUGUCGCAUUUAAUCUUUUGGCCCUCCUCUUUCUCAGCCACUUGAUGAUUCCCAAAUCUCGCGUCUACACGAGGCCCUACUUCGAGCUCUCCCACUACAACCCCGACACUGGACUGUACGCAAACAGCGGAAAUGACUUUUAUUUCAUCACCUUCUUUGUCGUCUUCUUCACUGGUCUGCGCCAUGCCGUCAUGACCUUUGUGCUUUGCCCUCUGGCGCGACGUGGCGGCAUCUCCAAGAAGAAGGACGUGGCUCGCUUUUCUGAACAGGCGUGGAACAUUAUCCACUACUCUGUCUUUUGGCCCCUUGGUCUUUACAUCUGGUACACUUCCCCCUACUGUCUCAACAUGACCGAGCUCUGGACCGAAUGGCCCAGCCGCGAGAUUAGCGGAACCAUGAAGUUUUAUUUUCUUACGCAGCUGGCUUUUUGGCUUCAGCAGAUGCUCGUUGUCCAUAUCGAGAAGCAGCGCAAGGAUUACUGGUUGACGAUUGUGCACCACUUUGCCACCAUUGCGCUGGUUGCCGCCUCGUACUCGUACCAUUUCACGCGCGUCGGCAACUUGACUCUCAUCAUCAUGGAUGUUGUUGAUCUCAUCUUUCCAGUUACGUCUACACUCCUGGUCCCUCCUUUUCGGAGAAGAGAAUCGCUAACAGCUUGUCUGCAGUUUGCCAAGUGUGCCAAAUACCUGGGUUAUAGAAAGCUUUGCGACGGCCUCUUUGGAGUCUUUGUCGUCGUCUGGCUCGCGACUCGCCACGUAUUCUUCCUCGUCGUCAUUCACAGCGUUUACUACGACACGGGUCGCCUCGUGCCACACGACUGCUUUCAAGGAUCCAUGGCGAAUCUUCAGGGUCCGUUACCCCAGUCCACCGGAUGGAGACUUCUCGAGCCGUUUUACUCGCCACAAGGCAUGGUUUGCGCCAACAGGAGCAUCUUCAUCGGCUUCUUUACGUUUCUCAUUGCCCUACAGGGCCUCAUGGUGAUUUGGUCCUACGCCAUUCUCAAGGUCGCAGUGCGAGUCCUCAGCGGCAAAAACGCCGAAGACAUUCGUAGCGACGGCGAAGAAGAUGACAUGACCGAGUUUGAGGGCAGAGACCCGGUAGAGUUUGAGAAUUUCGAUUACUGGGCCCGGACCGUGUACGAGGUCAAACCAGAGCUCAAGGUGCUGCUGGCGGAGAAGGAGAAGAUCAUGAGAAGAGGAAACGAGACUCAGGCGGACAAGGGCGGUCUAAAUGGUUGGGAGUACCGCCAUGGACGCACACAUGCCAUUUCGAGCGGAUUGCAUUUGCCGGGCCAGAGCGAGCACAAGGAGCUUCUCAAUCGGCUUGAUGCGCCGCGUCGGUGGACUACCUGA